GAACCGACAUAUGUGACUGUACCUAUCUAUGAAACGAUCAGUGGCACACUGACGGAAGUUGAGACGACGGUCCCGGUUCUAGAUGUGUAUGAGCUUCUGGAAUACCUUUACAAGGACCUGGGCCUUGUUUGCCCGCCAGAAAAGGCCAGGGAAUACUGGCAGCAUAUGAGACAGAAUGGCAAUCCGCACGCCCUGCGUUUCCCUGCUGCCGGGGAUAGCCAUAUACAAUUCAGCCUCUAUGGAGAUGAAUGCUGCUUGGGUGAUCCGAAGGAUAAGGUGACUGGGAUAUUUGUAUCCUUGACACUCUUUAAGCCGAAGGUGUCCAAGCACCGUGAAUUUCUUAUCUUCGCAAUGCAGGCACUGCCGCCGGCGAAGCAGAAGCUUGCAGGACAGAGCUUUGCGGGCCAUUGCAAGUACGCCUGCGUUGAGCUGAAGGGCGACUGGAAGUGGCAUGAAC